AUGACAAAGCAGUACAUGAAACAGACCAAGGAGACCAAGGAAAAGGCUAGCUGGAAAUUCUUCCGAGACUGGUGCACAACAAGUGGCUUCGAAAAUUUUCUGCUCCUAAACAUCCUCAUAUCUAUCCUCGAGAUCAAAAGCCUCAUCGUUGAACAAACUGCACUUGUGACAGAGAAAUCAUACCCCGGGAGUCAGAAAUUCUUGAAGCUUGCCCUGGUAGAUCGAAGCUUUCAUAAGCUUUGUAGUCCGACCAAUUGGAAGGAGCUCAACCUGCGAUGCUAUGGCAAAUAUAGGCUUAGGGUUCUGAUCAAUGAAAUUCUACAUGAGCAAGCAAAACAUGUGCAAUCAAUUGGUAUGGGACUCCAUCCCGACGGGGUUCCAAACCAGAAAGAUGACGCGAGUGAUUCAGAAACGAUCGAUAGCUCAAGCGACUCAACAUCGAUUGACAGUGAUGAUGAAUUCCCUGAAGAAGAAUUAUGUUACAUCUUGGAAAUUUGCACGAACUUGAGCAAGAUGGAGAUACGCUAUGAACCGACUUCACUCGACGAGUUUGGCAACUUUAUCAUCGACCCUUUGCGCCCAAUAACGAUGAUGACGCCCUUCAUAUCUCAGCUUUCCAAUUUAACUCACAUCAAACUGGACAAUUACAGCGACAAUGGAACUUACUCCAGCGAAGAGUCCUUGGUCAAAUUACUUGGAAAAAUGGUCCAUCUGGUUUACAUUCGCGUGGAUUUCAUCAAGGCCUCCUUUCCAACUUGCGAUCUCUGCGAGUGUCCACAAUCCGUCCAACCCUCGGUGUCGCCACUUGGUGUUCACUUGGCUUCACUGCCAUCUCUUAAAGUUAUCGUAUUCUCUCGUGCCGAUUGCUUUAAUUCAGACUGGAGCAAACUCGAUUGGAAAGGGGAACUUGAAGAAUUAACACUGCACUGUUGCUACGACGUUUCUUUACGCGCCCUGCAUGGCUUCUGCAGCCUCUUGAAGAACAGUCUGGUUAAGCUUUCCCUCUACUUCGUUCCCGUCAGCUUCUCAGACGACAAUCUCACCCACAUCCUACCCGAAUCGGAGCGGACCUUGCUAUUUCGUCUGCCAAAGCUUCAGAAUCUAUCGAUUUUCAACCUUUAUUCAGCCGAAUUUCUCAAAUUAUUCCGGGAGUCUGUUAACAUCAACCGGAUCAAUUUGAAAAGCACUCCGGAGAUCUGCUUAGAAGAUCUUAAACAGCUCAUGAAUCAUGAGGAUCCGGUGUGGAGUCGAUUGAAGACGUUUGUGUUGUGUGAAGAUAAGGAGUUCAUCGAACCUGACGAAUUGCCCACGCCUGAGCAAAUUUCAAAUCUCAUAGCUCAUGGUGCCAAAGCCGGCGUCAAGGUGGAAUACGGCUUUGUGGGGAACACGAGGGACCGGAGUUGGUUGAAUGAUGGGGAAGAUGAAUGGAGGUUUGAAGAGGAGAUAGAGGAAAGGGAAAAACACGACAGAGAAUGCAUGGAGGAAUACUGGUCAAGAUCUGUGCAGGGUCGCUCAAUGUCAAUUUAG